AUGGCAUACUUCAUUACCACGUGCAGACGAGGGAACUGGCAACAUUUCAAUGGCCUACCGACCGAUACAGGCGGAAAAUACACCCUUCAUUAUUCGAGGCAUACCGCGAGGCACACAUAUUUCGCUACCCGUGUUGCUUUUGCGCGACAGGUGGAAGAUAUGUGGAAGUAUCGAUAUUUCGGCGCCCUGAAGGGGUGUGCCGGGGGGAAAUCUACAUACCCAAGGUAUACUAUCCUCGGAGAAAUCAAUAUGAAGAGGCUGCUGGCUAUCGCCCAGAACGAUGUCGUCUACCUCAGCAUAUUCCUAAUGUCGAAUACGAUGUGUAAUGUAACGGAUAUAGGAGCCGUUAUGAUAAACUGA